UUCCUUACAGUUUGCAAUGAAAGUCAACGUGCCUCUCGUGCUCCAGAUUUGCUUCCAACAUUUUCAUCAAAUAAUGCUUUUUCCUCAUUCAUUUGGUCGAUCAAUUCGAUCAUUCCCUCGUCUAACUUGACAAAGCCCGUUCUUUGAUGGUCUGAGUUGGCUGGGAUUUGCAAAGAGAAAGGGGUGGCUCCAUCAUCCAUGGAAGAAGGUUUAGUUCAUCUGGGUUCGUCGGAGAGAGGAGAAACCACUCCUUUUCUAAACAAAGAGGAGCAACUGAACAUAGAACAAACGGAAGAUCGGUCAGUGGAUAUUCAGGGAAAGAUUGGAGGUUCAAGAGCUUCCACCAUAAUUUUGGGAGUAGAAUGCUUGGAGGCCUUGGGUUAUUUUGGCAUUGCUACAAAUCUGGUCGUUUACCUCAGCAAGAUCUUACAUCAAAGAAAUGCAUCAAUUGCAACAUGCAUCAGCACAUGGACUGGAACUGGCUACCUUGCACCCUUCUUGGGAGCUCUUAUAGCUGAUUCCCACUGGGGCAGAUACAAAACCAUUUUGGUCUUCGCAUUGGUCUAUUUUCUUGGGAUGCUAACUGUCACUUUCUCAGCUGCCUGCCUUUUCAUUGUUGAAGCCUGUCCUCUGUGAAAGAAAUCACUGCCCUCGUGUAAUUGAAGCUCAAAAGCUAGUGCUCCUCUUCGGUUUAUAUCUCAUUGCCUUUGGAAGGGGAGGUGUUGGCUCGUCUCUGCUGCCCUUAGGUGCAGACCAAUUUGAGAAUAGAAAUUCAGCUGAAAUAGAAAAGAAAAAGUCCUUCAAUUGGUUUUAUUUCUCUGUCAACAUUGGUGCUCUUAUUUCAAGCACAAGUUUAGUUUGGGUUGAAGAGAAUGUUGAUUGGGCACUUGGAUUUGGAAUUUCUACAUUCUUCAUGGCCCUAGCAAUAGGAACCUUUCUAUAUGGGACACCAAUUUAUAGGAUACAAAGACCAGGUGGGAGUCCCCUAAAAAGAAUUCUCCAAGUUCUGGUUGCAGCUCUGAGAAAAGCAAACAUAGAAGUCCCCAUUGAUAACAGUCUCCUACAUGAGGUCCCAUUUAAGAACUCGAUUGCCAAGGAAAGCUGGAAAUUAGUUUAUACUAAUGACUUCAGGUACCUUAUCCUUCUUUUCCCUCUUACAUCAAUUCUAAUGGUCGAGAACUACUUACAAUGAGACACAAAUUGCUCAUGAGCAUGUAUUUUUAAGUCCAUGGAUUUCUUACAUAAAAAGAAGGUAAUAAAAUGUCUUUCCAGAUUUUUGGACAAAGCUGCUACAAUGUCAGAAUCAGAUGCAAAUAGUACUGAUUCUCCAAGUCCUUGGAGACUCUGCAGUGUGUCUCAGGUGGAGGAGCUAAAGAUUCUUCUCCGUUUACUCCCAAUUUGGGCGGGUGGCGUUGUAUAUUCAGUUUCUUAUGCCCAAAUGAGCACCACAUUCAUUGAACAAGGCAGCACAAUGGAAACAAAGAUUGGAGGCUUCUCAUUCCCACCUGCCUCUCUCUUUGCCUUUGAAGUCCUUAUUGUCAUCUUAUGGGUUUUUAUCUAUGACACACUUCUUGUUAACAUUGGGAAGAAAUUUAUAUCAAAUGGACAAGGACUUUCAGAGCUACAAAGAAUGGGAGUUGGUCAUCUACUGAUGAUCUUAGCCAUGUCAACAGCUGCAUUGGUGGAAGAAAAAAGGUUGGAAUAUCUAAGGUAUGGCAAAACCAUGAGCAUAGCAUGGCAGCUUCCACAAUAUUUUAUUUUUGGUGUUUCAGAGGUCUUCAUUUAUGUUGGACAGCUCGAGUUCUUUAAUGGUCAGGCACCUAACACCAUGAAAAGUACAUGUAAUGCAUUUUCCUUGCUUACAAUAUCUGGAGGCAAUUACUUGAGUUCUCUUGCUAUUACAUUAGUCACUUCGGUUACUACACAAGGAGGAAGGGCAGGCUGGAUACCUGCUAACUUGAAUGAAGGGCACCUUGAUUAUUUCUUUUGGGUUUUGGCAGGAUUAAACACUCUCAAUUUUGUCAGUCACCUUAUCUGGGCAAGAAGAUACAAGCCUAAAAACAUAGUUUUUGAAGGUUAAAUUUUAAACGAAAGUUUUUUGUAUAAUGAAUUCUCCACUGGUUUAAACCACUUGCUUGGUCCACCUUUUGUUGGUUUAAUGUGAUUAAAGGUGUAAUCAUUCAAUA